AUGGAGACAAUCAAAAACACAGUCAAGGAGGCCACCAGCAGCAAAGGCCAAUUUGAGCAGGGUUUCCUGCCGCCCGUCUCUCACCAAGACCCUCCCGGCACAGAGGGUGACUUGCCUGUUGGGCCCAUCCAUGACAAGCUUCCAACUGCAGAUGGCGGAUGGCAACCAUACAAGGCGGCGGGGAAGUUAGAAGGCAAGAAAGCCCUCAUCACCGGCGGAGACAGCGGCAUUGGGCGGGCCGUAGCCAUUCUGUAUGCAAUGGAGGGCGCAGACAGCUUCAUUGUCUACUUGCCAGAAGAAGAAGAGGAUGCCCAAGAGACCAAGCGCCGCGUCGAGCAAUUCGGGCGGACAUGCCAUCUCUUCUCCACUGACCUCCGACGACCAGAGAACUGUCAGAAGGCUGUAGAGGCUGCUCUGCAGGCCAUGGGUAGAGUCAACAUCCUUGUCAACAACGCCGCUUUCCAAAUGAUGCAGAUGGACAUCACAGAUAUUCCCAUUGAGCAAUGGCACAAGACUUUCGACACCAAUAUCCACCCCUACUUUUACCUGGCCAAGUUCCUUAUUCCGCACAUGAAGCGCGGUGAUGCCAUCAUUAACGAUGCCUCGAUCAACGCUUACAUCGGUCGCCCAGAUCUUCUCGACUAUACAUCUAGCAAAGGAGGCAAGUUUUCUUCUUCCUUUCCGAUCGUCUCGUUCACGCGCGGCCUGGCAAACCAGCAAAUGAGCAAGGGCAUACGAGUCAACGCCGUCUGUCCCGGCCCAGUGUGGACGCCUCUAAUCCCGAGCACCAUGAACGAUGAUGCGCAGAAGCAGUUCACCUCGCCCAUGGGCCGCCCCGCCCAACCGAGUGAGAUCGCUACCUGCUUUGUGUUCUUGGCGAGCGCGGACAGCAGCAUGAUCAGCGGGCAGAGCUUACAUCCGAACGGCGGGGUUAUCGUUAAUGGAUGA